CGACAAACUGCGCCUGCGCACAACAGAUGUACGAUCAUGGCGGCGUCGUUACAAACAUAUGAGUUGCCUUUCAGCGUUUAAAAUAAUUUUAAACUAUAAAUAAACACAUGAAAACAUGAGCAGUGACAAGAAAAUAACCAAGGAAGACACAUGGACACCAGCUGACCUGAGAAAACACAUCAGGGAGGGAGGACACAUGGAUGACAAUGUCAGGAGACGAGAUGACAAUGAGAGAAAGCACUGUGGAGGGGAAUCUGAAGAAAGACCUCGCAGAGACCCAGGGAAGGACUCCAGACAAGAGAAAGACAAGCCGAGGGAGAGGCGAGAUAGAGAGGAAAUAGACAAAUAUGCAGAUCGACGGAAAGAGGGAUCCCGGGAUAGAAGAGCUGACAAGGAAAGAGAUAGACAUGAAGAGACAAGAAAGAGGUACGAUGAUGAUAAGGAAAGACACAGAGAUAAGGAGGACAGGGACAGAAGGAGGGAAGACAGAGACAAGGAAAGACGACGAGAAGAACGAGAGCACAGGAAAGAGAAGGAGAGACGGAGAAAUGAGGAAGGUGGAGAAGGAAAAACAGAACGGAGGGAGAAGCAGGGCCGAGAGAAAAGAGAGAAACAUCGAGAGAGAGACAAAGAUGAAGACAAGAAGAACGAACGAGAGAGACGAGAGAGGAAGCAUGUGGAAGUGAAGGAGGAAGGAGAGAACAAAGAGGAACAGAAGAGACGUAAAGAGGAGAAAGAGAGGAGACACAAAGAGAGAGGAAACCAUGAUGAAAAGCAAAAGCAUGACAGCAGAUCCAGGGAACAUCGAGAGGUGAAGGGGUCAGUGGAGAAGGUCAGGCGUCAUGGUGCUGACAGAGAGCAAACAGAACGGGAUAAAAAAAAAGAGAGGAAGCACAGAGAGGAGGAAGAACCGGAGAAAAAUCACCAAAGAGACCGGACUGGCUCCAGGAGGUCUGAGAAAGAGUCGGACAAAAGUCACGACACUAAAAGUGAGGCUGCAAAGGAUGAAGAUUUGGCUGACUAUGAAGACGACUUUGAGGAUUAUGAAGAGGAUUUUGAGGAGAUGGAUGAGAGCCCAGAAGAAGGAGAGAACGAGAAGGAGCCUUCAGAGGUUUUAGAAGAGAAUGAGGAAGUGACGGCACAAAGGAGGAAAGAAAUCGAGGCGAUCCAGAGAGCCAUGGAUGAGGAGAACCAGAGGGUUCAGUCCAGAGAGAUCAGCAGCACCGAGGAGGAGGAGAGGCCCAGAUGGUCCAGAGGAUCAGAGAAGGCGCAGAGCGUAGACUCACAGCGCGGCAAGUUUAUCGACUUUGUGGCGGCGAAGCAGCGCGAAGUCAGCAAGAAAGUAGCCUCGAAACAGAAGAAGCGCAGCACCGAGCUUCUCCGCCUCAUUGAUCUGGAUUUCUCUACAACUGCGUCCCUGUUGGAACUGCCUCCUGUGAACGAGUACGACAUGUACAUCAGAACCUUUGGGACAGAAAACACAAAGCAGGCUUACGUUCAGUGCAAUGAGGACAACGUGGACAGAGACAUCCAGACAGAGGAGACAGACGUGUGUGAGAAGUGGACGCAGCAUCCUCCAGAGCACAGUGGACCUUGUGGGGAUCCAAACCUCUCCAGAGAAGCUCAGGACAAAAGUGAAAUGAGUUUCGACUCUCAGCGUCUCACAGCGUUUCUGCGCUCGGCCUCUCAGGUGAUGGUGGUGCUGCUGGAGGAGCAUCGAGCUGACAGGACGUCCCUGAAGAAGCUGAAGUCUCCGGCAGACACAAUGUCUUUCAGUGACGGGAGUCUACUGCUCAACACCAAGCUGCCUUUUCUCUACGGUCGCAGCAUCAGCCUGCUCCGCUUCUCUCCGGUGCAGAGACACACCAUGAUGUCCGUGCAUCGCCCAACAGAAACACCCAGCGCCGUGAGACUGGAUAGCUGCACCAUCAUCUGCAUCUGGAACAUCUGGGAGCCGUCCACGCCUCAGAGGGUCCUCAUCUACGAAUCUGAGGUGCAGUGCUGCUGCUUCAGUCCUGGGAAAGCCGUCCUGGUGUUUGCAGGAACCUCCGUGGGCUCUGUGCUGCUGUGGGACCUGAGGGAGAACACUGAGGAUCACUACAGCCUGAAGAUCGGGGAGGGGGAGUGGACCUUCAGACAGCCCACCUUCUCCACUGACGCAUUGAUGUCCGGCUCGGGACAUUUCUCCUCCGUGACGUCUGUAGAAGUUGUCCCUUCCACUUCCUCAGACAUUCCCCUGCUGGCAUCUGAGGAAGAGUCGUCAGGACUGUCGUUCCAGCUCGCCUCUCUGGAUGAAGUCGGGGUUUUAAACUUCUGGGUGGUGCUGGAGCUCCCUAAAGCCAACGAGGCCGGCUCUCCAACAGAUCUAGGUCUGAGGCCAGGCGGUAAAGUGAAGUUACUCCACAGCUCCGUCCUGCUCACCACUGAGAGGGUGUCGCCACGAGAUGCAGCGAAAACAGCAACGCUACAAACUCUUAAUUUUAAAUUCCUCCCAACAGACUCCAACCAUUUCUUUAUCGGCACCAACAUGGGUCUGGUUAACCAUGAAACCAGUCACGGUCUGAAGGCUUCUCCGAGGUUUUACAGGUUUCAGGAGGCCGGAGUGCGACCUGUUGACGUCACCUCGAUCCACUUCUCUCCCUUCAGGAAACACUUGUUCUUGGUGGGUUGUGGGGACGGCAGCAUCCGGCUUCAUGCGGUGAAUCAGGAGCAGCCUGUGUCAGAGUGGAGGAACAGUACCGCUGGAGAACCGGUGGUUUCACUGCAGUGGAACCAAACCAGACCCUCAGUGUUCUGCGUUCUGGACGGAGCGUCUAACCUCCACAUCUGGGACCUGCUGAGAAAUGACACCCAGCCCAUGGUGACGGAGAGGCUGGACUCUGACAGUGUGACGGCCAUGACUGUGUUCGGAGACUCAGGACAACAAAACACAUACUCAGGAGUAGCUGUGGCUCACAAGUCAGGAAAGAUAGAGAUGCAGUAUUUCACGAGAACUUUGACUGUGUCCGGUACUGAAGAGGAGGAGAAGCUGGACAGUUUGGUCACUGAAGCCUUUUGAAGCUACUGUUUUUAAAACUCUGGACAUGCAUAAAGAUCAAUUUAUAAAUCUGUUUUUGUUCAAUUUCUUGCAAAAUAAUUUCACAUAGUGAUUAUAAGAAGGUAGCUAAAUACCAAAGAUCAUUUAAACGACCCACAAUAUCAUUAAUUAUCUUCCAUUAUGUGAAACCUUUAAUAAAUGUUGGUUUAAAUAUUUAUACUGUUAGAUGUGAAUAUAAAAUAUUUGUAUGGAUUAACAACUUUACUUUUUGAUACAUUAAACUGAUGCUGUCUGUA